CCAAAAAAAAAGUUAUCCAAAACAGUGCCAUAUUAAAACUUUGUGAUCUAUGAGAUGUAUCAAUUAACUACUUGCUGCCUGCAAUUUGAUUUUCCUGACUAUUUCGACCUUUUGCAAAUUUCAAAGUCAAAAUUAUUUACCAAGGCUAUACAUUUAAGUUCUUCAUAAGUCUACCAUUGACCACUUUGUAUUAGCUCUAUCUUUGUCCAAUGGUUUCAUUACUCUCUCAUUUCCAUUUGCCAACUGCUUGUCCUUGUUAUCAGUUAUCACUCUCCUGGUUCCUGCAAUAGCUGAAGUUAACAAUAACGUAUGUGUGGUUUCAACUCUCUUUGCCACUGACAAUAACCCCACAUGGUCUUCACCAUCUGGCGAUUUUACCAUUGGCUUCCAUUGGCUUCCAGGUGAACAAGAUCAGUUCCUACUUGCUAUCUGAUUUGCUAAGAUACCAGAUGAAACUAUAGUUUGGUUUGUAAAGAGAGACAAUCAAAAGCUACCAGACAACUUGUACUCAAAGCUCCAAGUGGAUUGGAGUUGUGAAGGUCCAACAACAGUGAGAAUCGUGAAGUAUCAAAUGGGGCUAUGCUAGACACUGGGAAUUUUGUGAUGAAAAAUUAUGAGGGGGGAAAUUUCAGCUCCAUUUCACUGGUAUAGAGCAGACAUCCUUCAAUCUGAUACUUAAUCAAAUAGAUGUCAACACCAAAUAUCCUUAUAGAGUUUAUUAUAGUCAUCAGGAUGUUUUUGAGCUAAUCCUGGACAAGUCAGGCUACCUUCAAGUCAAGAACUCAUAGGGAAAUAUAUCUAAUAACCUUAUAUCAGAGGGUGCGGUCUUCAGGACAGACUCUUACUAUAGGGCAACACUUGAUUUUGAUGGAGUUUCAGACUCUAUGCUCACCCAAAGCUGGCUUGCCAACUGGUAUGCUUCUGAUAACAUCUGCUUGGAUAUUGGUGGCGAUUUUGGAAGUUGCACUUGUGGUUAUAACAGCAUACUUACUCUGGAAGCUUAUGGUAAGCCAGUGUGCCAAUGUGCCCCAGGCUUUUCUCUCUUGGAUGUAAAUAAGAGGAAUAUUGGCUGCAAACAAGAUGAUUUAAGCUACAUAAGUGAAUCUUACAAGAUAGGAUCCUUAAUUUCAGAGGAUCAAUUUGAAUUCUUGGAGAUGGAGUAUGUUGUUUGGCCUUUAGCUGACUGUGAACUGCUACAGCGUACAACAGAAUCUGCAUGCAAGAUUUCCUGCGUGCACAAUUGUUAUUGUGCAGUUGCCAUUUUCCAGCAACCUGAGUAUUACAAUGGUACAGGAAGAUGUUGGAAGAAGAAAUUACCACUUUCUCACAGGAGGCCCAACAGCAGUGCAGUUGAAAGAAAAGUACUGUUCAAGAAAUUGAAAUUGAAUAGCUCUUCACAAAGUCCAGGCCUAGGAAAGCAGAAUCAAGCAAUAUUGAUCCUCGCAAUCCUUUUAGGUACUUAUGUAUUUUUUAACUUCUUUUCUGUAACUGCAAUUUCUCUAGUUGUAUUCUUCUUGUGGCAAGGAAAACUAUCAAAUUUCUCCAAAAUUGUUCCUAUAAAAGAUCUUGAUAUGAAUCUACGUUCAUUUACAUAUGAAGAUCUUGAAGAAGCUACUGGUGGGUUCAAAGAAGAAUUGGGUAAGGGUUCUUUUGGCACUGUUUAUAAAGGGGUAUUAGCAUCUAGUCAUAACAAAUAUGUUGCUGUCAGGAAGCUAGACAAGAUGGUGAGGGAAGAUGAGAGGGAAUUUGAAACCGUCGUGACUGUGAUUGGCCAAACUCACCAUAAGAAUCUAGUUCGGUUACUUGGCUACUGUGAUGUGGGUGAAGACUGACUUUUAGUGUACAAGUUUAUGUUCAAUGGCUCAUUGUCAAAUUUCCUCUUUGGAGUAGUAAGACCAAGUAGGCAACAAAGAAUGCAGAUUGCUUCAGGAGUUGCUAGAGGACUGAUGUACUUACAUAAAGAAUGCAGCACACAAAUCAUUCAUUGUGACAUAAAGCCUCAAAACAUACUAUUGAAUGAUUUUUUUACAGCCAAAAAUUUCUAACUUUGGACUAGCAAAACUUUUGAUGAACCACCAAUCCUGAAUUCUCACUAGCAUCAGGGGGACUAAAGGCUAUGUUGCACCAAAGUGGUUUAGGAACACACACUCGCCACAAUAAAGGUGGAUGUUUAUAGUUUCGGAGUCAUGUUGUUAGAGAUCACUUGCUGUAGGAGAUGUGUGGAAAUUGAGAUGGAGAGGGCAGCAAUUCUAAUGGAAUAGGGCUUAUGAAUGUUACUGUAAUGGUAAAGUGGAAAGAUUGGUGGAAAAUGAUGAGGAGGCUCUUAGUGAUCUGAAGUGGUGAAGAAGUUACUGAUGGUGGCAAUUUGGUUUAUCCAGGACAUGCCAUCAUAAAGGCCUUCCAUGAGGGAAGUCACUCAUGCUGGAAGGCAUUCUUGAGAUUUCUACACCCCCAUGUCCUGUCCUCACAGUUCAACAUCUGAACCUGGUUUUCAGUCAUCCUAGGUGGUAUUUUCAGUCAUCUUACAUUUGCUGUGGCUAAAUAUUGUGGUCUAGGUGAGACUAGCUUGGAGCUCCUUUGGUUAUGUUCGCUUUUUCAAGAUUUGGGGUCCCUCUUGCUUCUACUACUCCUAUAUACUAUGACAACGAAAGUUCCAUUCAAAUUGCCCGUAACAAUGUCAUCCACUAAUGGACCAAGCAUAAUGAUAUUGAUUGUGAUCUUCAUCAUCAUCUCCUCUAGGGCUCCCUCCAACUCUACUCCGUUCCAUCUGAUGAUCAACCUACAGACAUUUUCACAAAGUCACACUCUUGUUGUCAUUUCCAUGACCUCAUAUCCAAACUGAAGUUGGUCUCUCAUCCUCCACCUUGACGUUGAGAAGUAUUGGCCCCAAGCUCAUUCUUGGGCCUACUGUACUGCUACAAAUUCCUUGGUACUCUCUUAUACUAUUGUACUGCACUGUGCCACCUGUGUAGUUGUAUUGUACUACUGGUACUCUUGAGUUGAUUGAUUUCUCUAUAUAUAGGCUCCCUCUAUUUAUUACUGUUCAUUAAGCAAUGUACUUAUUCUCAGUUGCUACCUAUACAAUCCUCCAAUUUCUUAAACCCUA